AUGCUCGAAGCAGCUGUUCACUACCCAAGAUAUUUUACGAGACUAAUCGUUGAGGCCAAUUCCUCUCAUUCUUAUCGAAGAGAGUAUAUCGGUCAUUCAAGCCAAAAAGCUUACGUAGCAAAGCCCACUUUAGGGAGGCGACAACCCUCUUUCCCGGGGGCAUCUGGGAUUGAUUUAAGAGAUACCAAUAACUGGGGAAGGGGAGCUCUAGCUAUCAAAUUAUGUGUAUUCGUUCGCCUCUAUCUGAACGAGCUGAACCAGGAAUCAUCAAAUCAAAAAGAAAGCCUUGAUUACACUGCUCGGUUUCGAGUUUCGGUUUUCGGUUCGGUUUCGGCUUUUGGAGGGCCUGCGUACAUGCAGAAUUCUAAGAAACUAGGCGUGGCUUAUCAGUCUGAUUUCCGACUUCUUCUCCUACGAUCAAAACUGGAAGAAGGGCUUAGAUACGAUACUAUAAUAGGGCUUUGGAGAACUCCUAGAAUGGAAUUCCCCUUAUUGGAACAUGAGUUGCCUACUCAAUUUGAGUUUGAGUCUAGAGCCAUAGCUCUGCCAGCGAGUUCGAGGACUCAUAUCUUCACCCAGCCAGCUAGUCUUGCUUACUUGGUGAGAGCCUUAUGUGGAGCAGCAGCAAGAGAAGGAAGGCCAUCUGAACUAGAGCAAUAG